AUGGCUGACACCUCCAAGUUGCACCCUGCGACUACAGUCACCAAUAUCAAAUCAUGCAUUCCUAUUGUUCUUGACUAUGAAGGCAGCCAAUACAACAACUGGGCUACCCUCUUCAAGCUCCAUUGCCGAGCAAACUUGGUGAUCGACCAUAUACUACCUCCUGCCUCCCCCACCGUGCCACCACCGGCAACGGCAGCCGAGAAACUUGCUACGAAAGCUCUAUGGGAACGGCUAGAUGACAUUGACAACAAAUCGGCUAGGGCUCUUGCUCUUGAUGCAAAAUUCACCAACACCAAAUUGGUGGACUUUUCGACUGUGAACGCAUCUUGCACCAGUUAA